AUUGUAUCCGCGAUAAUGAAAUCUUUACUCGGUGAUCAUGCAAUUCGAAUUGCAAUCUUGUGUGAUUUAGCGUCGGCCUUCCGACAUCACGGAGGACCCACUUAUAACAUAUUUCAUUUUUCGUCGCGUCGCUCUAUUUUUGCGCCCACCAGUUUUCUAGCUGGUUUACCAGACGCUGUGGAUGUCUUUAUACCGGGACGGAAAAGCCGCGGCACUUCAGGUAUCCGUCGUCCGCCGUGCGAGAUAUCCGUCACCAUGGAGGAAGAUGAGCAAAAAACGGCUGUGAUGCGAAAAGCGUUCCAAAUGUUCGAUACGACGAAAAGCGGCUUCAUCGACACGCUGAAGAUUUCAACGAUAUUGAACACAAUGGGUCAACUAUUUGACGAUGCAGAUUUGAACGCUAUCAUCGCGGAGAACGAUCCAGAAGGGACUGGUAAGGUGAACUUUGAUGGCUUCUGCAGAAUUGCUGGUCGAUUCUUAGAAGAAGAAGAUGCCGAGGCGAUGCAGGAAGAAUUGAAAGAGGCCUUCCGUUUGUACGAUCGCGAAGGAAAUGGAUAUAUCACAACGGCUACGUUAAAGGAAAUUCUUGCUGCUCUGGAUGACAAACUCACUAGCGCGGAUUUAGAUGGUAUAAUUGCUGAAAUUGAUACUGAUGGAUCGGGAACAGUUGAUUUCGAUGAAUUCAUGGAGAUGAUGACUGGAGAAUAAUCAUGGUUUGAAACAAUUGGCAGAGCGACAUCGAAGACAAUACAUUUAAAAUAUUAUUUUAAUAUUUUUGUUGGCACUAGAGUAUCUUGAAACUUGUUUAAUAAAACGGUGAUAUACA